UUGGCAGAAGAAAAAACUGAGACUGUUUCAUUUUCGUCAAUUAGUAUGGAUAGAUUGGACAUAAUUACUUUAACUUUUAAUGAACAAUGUUCGUCAAAGGAUAUAGUUGCUUACCAAUGUAUCACAACAUAUUCAAGAUCUACAACACUUGAUAGAUUGACUAUUACACCUAAUAGACAUUAUCACCACCAUAUUUACAAUUACUUGGAAUUAAACUUUUUUCUAUUACUCCAAUGGUCUAACCAUGCCGAGAAUUUCUUAGAACAGCGGGAUCAAAUUCUAGAAUAUCUCAAUAAAUAUCUCAAACCGCAUCUUCCUGAAAAUAUCAUGGUCUUUGAUGUUUCCGGUUCGAAAGACUUCCUUAAUAAUAAUCCGUUGUUGCCAUUCAACGCCCGAGGUGGGACUGAUAUUAUAUUGGUUGAAGAGAGUGCUGUCUUUGGGAAAUUUCCAAUAGUUGGAGUUCAUGCGGUUAUUGAAAUGAAACAACGAAGUCGGGUAACAUCAAAAAUUAAGGAUGCAAUUUACUCUGUUUAUGGUGCUUCUCUAUUAGACCGACCGAUCCUAAUUCAUCUCCAAAAGUUAUUUCUGAUUGGAAAGCAUCAGAUAAAACUAAGCGCGCCUUUAAAUUGCUUCAUAGAAGAAUAA